AUUUUUGGAUGAACACACAUCAAAGACGGAUCGAUGUCCGCUUGUCUUCUCCUCCGCGGCCCCCUCUGCUUCUCCUUCGCUGCAAAUAGAAAACCCUAUUUCGCUAUCUCCACCAAAACCCUAAACUGUUUCGCCAUGGAAGCUCGACAAGAGCUCGACACAACAGAAUCGCACAUCUCCCAGAGUAGCCCUGAUUACCCAAAACCCUUGUCCCCUCCGCCUCCUCCGAUCUCGAAAGACCUCGAACUCAGAAGAGCCAUGGAAGCUUCUUCGAGAUCGAGCCUUUGGAAUCUCACGAGAGACGAUGUCUUGUACGAAGACGAAUGGCUCAUUGCCGUGAACAAACCAAAGGGUAUCUACUGCGAAGCUGUUCUGUCCUCUGUUCCUCGUGUUGUCGAUCCACCGAGUGGCACGGACGAGUUUCAUCUUGCGAACAGAUUGGACCGCGACACGAGCGGAGUGAUGCUGAUCACGAAAUCUCACAAGGUCGCUGCCAAACUUGUCAAGGCAUUCACCGAACACAAGAUUAGCAAAUCGUACAUCGCCCUCUGCAUUGCUCCAUCUCCGAAAUGGGAAAGAAUCACGAUCCGUUCUGGUCAUGGACGAUCCAAGCAUGGCGCUUGGCGAGUUUACGCUGCAUCUGACGUCGGUAGAGUAUUGCCUGGUGGGUCAGUGGUACGGGACAUGGAGACAACGUUCGAGGUUGUGUCUAUAAACAAAACCCUUAUCGGUAAUGAGUCAUCGGAACUCAAGAACGAGGAGGAAGAGAGAGCGGUUGUUGCCGAGAGAGAAGUUGAACUGAACUGUGAUGGAGACAGGAACAUGGACGAGGUAUUGGUCAGGGCGUUCCCACGAAGUGGGAAAACCCAUCAGAUCAGAUUGCAUUGUCAGUAUUUGGGGAUUCCCAUUGGAGGAGAUGUGAAAUACCAUGGAGUGUACGAAUGUAGAGGAAUACCGAUUGAUGGUCACGAGCUUCAUGCCGAAAGCUUAUCGUUAGAUCAUCCGGUUAAAGAUCAUCGUGUUGUAGUUCGAGCUCCUCUUCCAUAUUGGGCGAAUCCACAGGCCAAAUGAUGGCUUUUUUUUAGCAUUAGAAUUGAAGGUCGGAUUUUGUUAGAUUAUUCGGUUUAUUCCGGUUUAGCUUGGUUAAACCGGAAAUUCCAAUAUAUUCGAUUGAUGAUCAAUAUUGAA